UGUGACCGGCACGGUUGAUAAUCAUCCUAGUACUAUUGUUCUCCAGUUAACACAUAUUACAAAAAAAACUAAUUCGUAGCUAAAGGAGGCACAAACUCUGCAUACUCCGAAAAUCGCGUAAAGACUGACCGGGUACCCGCUCUUUUUUUCUUUAUCCUGCGGUUAUCAGCUACCUUAAAUUUUUAAAAUAUUAAUCUUUUGGCGUAAUUGUAUAAACUGCCAUUUAUGACAAGCUACAGCGUGUGAAGAUGGGGGUUGCUGAUGUCGAAAGACUUCAUAACCUUGUAGAUUUAUCCCUAAAAUCUCAGGAAUUUGGGAUUGUGAAUUUUAAAGGUCUUCACGAACUGUUGCACGGGAUUUUGACUCACAUUGGGUUGAAAUAUGACGGGAAAAGUUUAAAGGAAGUUCGCAAUGGAGCAAGUUUGGAAAGGCCAAGUGACAAAGAAGAGAUAAUAAAGACGUCUAAAGGAGUUCCGAUAGAAUCUGGUGAAAGCGCUCGAGGCGAUAAAACUAGUGGUUCGGAAGAAGAAGAGAGACCAGAAGAUGAAGACAAGGAGGUUUUUGAAGGUGAUCAUGAUCAGAUAAGCUCACUUCAUGAACGCGAACAACUGGAACAGCAUGAUUCAAAAACGGACGAGGAGAUUUCAAAAGAUCAAGAUGUAGAAUCCCUGCGGUCAAAACAGAGACACCUGGAAAACAAAAUCAGCAAUCUUGAAGACAAACUUAAACUCCUAGAUGAACUGCCUUCAAAUAAAGCUAUCAUACAGGAAGCCCAACAGACUGACUCUUCAGAUACUGACAACAGAAAUAAAGAGAGUACCCUCUCUGGAGUUUGGCAGUUUAUGAAGAUAAACAGUAGRCUGCAAGCCGCUGAAGAAGGGAUCGAUAGAGUCAUGUCUUUACUCAAUGAGUUCCUUGGUGGUGGAAAGACCUUAGGUGAAAUGUCAGGAAACAUCCAAGAUUUAUCCAAAGAACUCCAGAAUUUGAAAAAUCAGCUCAAUGAAAAAACACCUAAAGAUAUGGAAAAUGUGUUGAAGAACUUAGUGAAAAAAGAGGAUUUAAGGGAAUAUGUGAAGUGGCCGGCAUUGGAGGAGGCAUUACAGAUACAGAAGGAUAAAAACAAGAAGGUGAAAAGUGGUGGGAAUGUGGAUAUUAUGGAUGUGGAGAAGGAGAGGAAGAUGUCAGGUGGAUCUUAUGAAGGAAGGCCGCAGACCUCACCUGCUUCUCCCACUCAGGAUCCUUUGUCUGAUGUGCCGAAGACUGCAAUGUUGAGUGAGUUUACUCAGGUCUCUUCAAAUGAGCUUCCCGAAGACCAAGAUACUACACACCCCUCCCCUGAGGUGGUCGAGUGUCUUCGUCGUAUCGGAGAACUUUCGGACGAGCACGACAAGGUAGAGAAACAGGUUAACGAAAUGAAUAAAAUUCUGUCCAACAAAAUGGACAAGCGAGACUUCAACAUUCCUCAAGACCUACAGGACAAGUUGGAUGCUCUACAAAAAGGCUUGGACAGUCUCAUGCAAAAUGGCGCCUCGGUUAGUGGCGGUAAAGAAGUCAAAGACGUUGCAUAUGAUAACAAAGAGAAGAUUGAUGCAAUUAGACGAGAAUUGGCUGCAAUGGCUCGGCAGGCCAAGCAGUCGUACAUCGAAAGACCUCCAAAUGUACCAGCUAUUGAUAACGAAGCGUUGGAUGCUAUAAGAAAUAAACUAUCUGAGCUGCAAGAUAAACAGGUCAAACAGGACACGAACGCUGGGAACACGGAUCAGAAAAUAGCAGAACUGAUGGAAGAUUUAAACCUCAAAAAGGAACACAUCGACAACUUAUACAAAUACAUUCAGGAUCUCCAAGACAACAAAGCUGACAAAGACAACGUUGCCAUGGAGAUGGAUCACAAGGCAGACAAAUCGGCAUUGCAAAAUAUGGUGAACACAACAACCUUUGAUAGCUCGUUCAACAUGCUGGACGAAGGACUCAAAGAAGCGCUGCAGAAAAUGGAUGAGUACAUGAAUGAAGAAUUGGCCUUAAAGCAAGCAUUGAAGCAGCUAUCCUGUGAUAUGAAAGAGAAAAUGGACAAUGAGGCUUUGAAAGCUUUGCAGAACUAUCUAGAGAAAAGAAUCGCAGAUGUACAGAAAUCCCGUACGAUGAUCGCACGUGAAGCUAAUGUAGACCUGACAGGAGCUGCAGGGCUGCGCCGACCUUUACCUAUCGACUUCCACUGUAUAUCAUGCAAUAGACCUGUGGAAGUCAAAUACAACAGUGAUGUACAACCCUCGUUGCCUAAGGCGGAUAGUAUGCACUUGAAGCGGUCAAAAGGACCAUAUAUCUCGUAUGAAAUGGAUCAGGUUCGCCAUUAUCAGCGGCCCAUGUAUCGACCAGACAAGCUGACCAGCGGUGACCUGGUGACAAGUAGACCGUGUGGAGGCAGCCAUACUGUGAUGACCCAACCAAUCAGAAAACCCGUCAGGCUACAUAACUCACAGCUCAGCCACGUGCUGAAUGGCUCAAGUCGAGAGGAACCGCCUGUUACGUACCCUAGAUGGACUCGCGAGGUAUCAAUCAUCGACUUUGUUAAAGGGAGUGAUGGACACGUGUAUAAGGGAAGAUAUAAGGCAAUACCACCCAUAUCACGAAAACACAAACACACUCCCUCAGAAAGUGAUCUACCACCUCUAGACAAAGACUCCACCCCUCCUCUGACGAGACCAAAAUGGAGCUCUGAACCGGAACUGUCGAGACACUUAAACGAGUCCUCGUCACCAGAUGAAAGAGAGCAAGUCAAUAAGAAUAGAGACAAUCAAGAACACAUACGUACCACCCCUCCCCUGUCUAAAAGCGUGUCGCCAAACACGCGCAUCAAGAGAAUUCUGAGUCAAAGAUCACCUGAUCAGGACCUAGAACGAGUGCCCUCUCCUUCACCACCAACCGCGAGGGAGAAUGAGCACCAACAUAGAAUGAGUAGAGAAGAGUUCUUAGCGAAGCAACAACAAGAAAUGGCAGAAGACCGGCUAUUUUCUCCACGAAAACAUCAAUCUGAACUGCGCACUACUCUCAGUGAAAUAGAACAUACUGAAGAUUCGCUAAACAAGGGAGGCUACGUCACACGUCUUUACUCGCCCCAAAUCCAAAAAGAAACGCGCCCGUCCAAAAGUGGCGGGAAAGAAGUCGUCGCGUCUGCCAUCGACUUAGCAAAAGGAAGGAUGAGCGUGGACAGUGUUGAUGACAUCAUAUCAUGACAGAUAAACUAAUCGAUUAUUAGUCGUAAUUAAUCAAUAGUCUAUCGACACUCAAGAAAAGUGACACAUAUAGGACGUUUGCAUGAUGGCGUCAUUUGACUCCCACUACCAUAAUGCUUGGCGAAUUUUCUUUCUUAUUCAAAUUUGUAUUCCCUCAUGAGAAUAGUAAGACAAUUGGUGCUAAUUAACUGAACAAAAGAAAGCGUGCAAGGGAGUCUGGUAUAGUAGAGGUCAAUGACGCAUCAUGCAAACUUCCUAUUAGAGGUUAUAUAUUUAUUGCAUCAUAAAUCCGAAUUAAGAACAAUAGACAUUUAGUGAAUUUAGCCAGAGCAUUGCGUGCGGAAUUAUUUGGUAUAAGAUUGUUCAAGAAAAUGCAAAGCUUGAAUUUCGAGUUGAUUAAGACAUUCAUUUCUUGCUUGUAAAUAUCAUUUUGUGCUAAAAUACACUUACGAUAUUCAUUUUAAUGAUUUAAGAGGAUAUUAUUAUAUAGUUAGGAUAGUACGUGCGCACUGAUUGGUCGAAAACUAUGCUUUAUUAUAGUAAACGGAGCACAAGUGCUGACGCCAUCUGCGCACGCGAAGUGCUGCUAGAUCCCUGCGACCUACUUUCUUUUUGCGUAAAUAAAUUCAAUACCGAAAUAAAAUUAGUAACUAAGUAAUAAAGCGAAUAAAACAGA